AUAAAAUAAAAAGAGUAUGAGCAAAGAUCCAAAAGGGCAGUUUAUAAAAGAUGCUGCCUGCUACCCUUGCACUCACAUGGAGCCUAUUCCCACACCCUACCUGAGCUUUUUAGAUGCUCAGAGUGUCUCUCCCUUUGCUAACUUCCAUGGCAAUAUUCCCCCACAGCCAGCCCCUUUUUGGCUCUUUCUUCUCCUCACUGCAGAAAAAUAUAAAAUAAAAAUAAAGAGCUAUGGAACUAGAGAAGAUCAAAGACUAAAAGGAGCGUGGAUUCAAGAACAAUUGCCAAUUGCAAAUACUAAAUUACUCUCUAUAAAGAAUCCUCUUAGAAUUACUCCCUCCGUUCCGCAAAACAGUUUCCGGUUUCCUUUUUGGUCCGUCCUAAAAUAUAGUUUUGAUUUCCCUUUUUGUAAAGUUUUGUGUGGCUACCCUUCAUUUAUCUUUUUCUUACUCAACCACAACCAUACAUUUCCACUUUGUUCUCACUUUCUUAAACUCCGAUCCAAAUCCUAGAGAGAACAAUUUUAUGGGACAGAGGGAGCAAGUUAUACGAAGCAUUUCUUUUCACAUUUUUAUUUCAGACUUGCGUUGCUUUUGUUUAAACAUGUAACUAAUACGUAGUAUUAUGGUAGAAAACAUGUAACUUAUAUACGGUUAUACCCAUACAAAGUAGUUCUUAUUUUUUAUUA